AUGGAUCGUGCGUACAGGGAACUGCUUAUAAAAAUAAAAGAGGGCAUUCAAGACGUAAAUGCGCUAUCCCUGGACAGCAUACGGGACGAAACAGUUGUUGAGGGAUUUACAGAGCUUUUAAAAAAUGCAGGCGUAAACAACGUCAUAGAGUACUUUCGGAAGUACCGGAGGCUGGAGGAUGCAGGGACUCUUCCCGUGUCCUCGCUCUUUCUGAAGGAGCAGUUUGCCCACAUCUCCAGCCCCGUGAGCACGAAAUACUCUCGCAUCUUCAAGGCAAAAGGGCACUUUUCGAAGGUUCUGUGCAUGAUGUUCGACAGGAGCGAGACCUUCGUCUUCACAGGGGGAGAAGACGGCCUUGUGAAGAUAUGGGAUGUAUACAGCGGGCGAGCUGUACAGUCUCUCUCCGGGCACAGGCACCCUAUUUUUGACUUUGCUGUUGACUUCAGCAACAAAUACUUCAUCUCCUGCGACCAGUCCGGGCGAAUUAUAUGCUGGGAUCUGCAGACGUACGCGCAAAUCGACACUGUCAGCAUAGGGGAGCAGAUAGACUAUUUGGACGUCCUAUACAACCAGGCAGAGGCUGAGCCGUUGGAGCAAAAACGGGCAAAAUCCCCUCCUGAGGCCGGGGGAGUUCGCGUGCAGGCGAUCGUAGUGACGAACUCUGGCCGGAUACUCAGGGUAAGUCUCGCACAGAAAAUAACGGUUGAAACUGUUUUGGGGGAGGUGGAGGAGGAGACCUUCAACGGAGCAGUCACUACGAAGGGGAGGAAGAUGGUGAUAGUCACGGGGAUGUGGCCCUUCUCGAUACUCCUCGAUGCAAACGAUGCAGAGAACAGAUUCUACGUUUUGGACACGGACGACCUUCUUUCUUCGUCCGUUGAUAUCGCGCAUAAUUCAAUGAAGUUCACAGUGAGCACGUACUCGUCAACUCUCAUCACGUGGGAGUACAGGAUCAACAGCAGGCCCACAAAGUCAAACAUCCAGACGAGGAAGCGCUUCAAGGGGAGAGACCUCGAGGGGUGCUGGACUCGCAGCACGAUAGACCUCGAAGGAAUGGGGGAAACUAUAUACAAUACAGACCUCAUAUACCUGAUUGACGACGUGACAAUCGUGGCUGUGGAUACAGAGUCGAAUAUUCGCAUCAUAAACACGGAGAGUAAGGCCGUGAAGAUGGUGGAGAGAGAGUACAAGAUCACAGGAAUAGUCCCGCACCCGACAAAAAAUAUUUUCCUAACGGUCGAAGUAAAUGGCGUUAUAAAGGUCGUGGGAAGCACCGGGGAGAUCCUGAAUAAAAUUCACACGGAUGUUUCCGUUGCAGGCACUAUAGUAAUAGAGUCCACGGGAAGCUUUUUCUACAUUGCAGACCUGGACGGGUACGUGCACAAGUACAGCGUAAUCCCAGAUGAAGUCGAAGUCCCGGAGACGGAGUACGCCCUGCAGGACUUCCAGCACUACUGCGACUAUAACACGGAGCAGCUGAAAAUACUCUCCGAGACUCAGGGCCCUGUAGAGGAGAAUACAGCGCGGGUGUACGAGGAGAGAAUCCACAUGCUCGAGCAAGCGAUGAAAGUCUGCAGGAAUUCAGAGAAUUUCCGCACUUUUUCCUCGAGUGGGGAGGGUCUUCCGCCUGCAGAGUCAACCGACAGAAUCCCCAGGUACGUGCAGGGCGUAGAUAAGUGGAUCCGGAAUGUGGAGGUCGCAGGACUUCUGCAGCUGCAGUCUGAGAUGAUAACGAGCAAAGUCUUUGAGAGGGACUACAGGAAGCCCAGUCAGGCAGUUAUCGUGCAGGAGUCCGCAGAGGAGGCGUCCGAGGAGAACGAGAAUAGCUCGUCAAGUUCCUCGAAUUGGAUGGUCGAAGACUCCGACAAUUACGCACACACGGACGACUCUGCAGAGGAGAGUUUGGAAAAUUCGGAGGAAAAAGACUCGGAGAGCGGAGACUCGGAAAGUGCAGUUGAAAUUAGCAGUGGAAGUGCAGAGUUUGCGAGUGAAAGUGACGAAAGGAGGACUGGGAGGGGAAACACGGAAUUUGAGCCUGAACAGAGUCCGCAGAUCCUGAGCAAGAAGCGAGGGAGGAGGCAGGCAGCAAGGAAGGCUGCGUGUUUGAGCGCGGAUUUGCUCUACAAUUGGUACAUGAGCGAUAAGCCCAGUCCGCAAGUACUUCCGCAGGUGGGGGAUAGACUUUUCCUCGUGAGGGAGGGAAAGGGCCUGAAGGAGAAGGGCCUGGAGGAGGUUUUGGUGGAGAGCGUGGAGUACGGGAAGAGUUCAGUUGCUGUUUUCUUCGCGGUGGAGAGGACCCGGGAGAAGAAGAAGUUUGUGCUGGAUGCGGAGAACUUCAGCGAGAACCCUUUUCGGAUACAGGAGCAGGUGCUGGAGUUCCAGAGGAAGCGGUACAGGAAGAACGACGAGAUAUACUACUACGCAGACGGGGGUUUGUGCAGGGGAAGUGUCGUUGGAAAGUCUGGGGAUGUGCUCACUCUUAGGACGGGAGAUAGAGAAGUCUCUGUGAAUAUUUACGACUUGCACUUUUCCGUUACGGACUACUCCUUAGAUCUGACAGAGUAUAUCGAUGCGCUGAUGCAGUACAAGGAGGAGUACCUGGUUUUCUACAGGGACGUCCCACGGGCAGAGUAUCCGGACUACUACGAGCUCAUUGCCAGGCCCAUUACAGCGAGCAGAAUUGCCAGGAGAAUCAGGAAUCACUACUACAGGACGAAGGAGGCUUUGCUUGCGGAUAUACAGGGAAUUUUCACGAAUUGCUGCGAGUACAAUGAGGAAGACUCGGCGAUCGCUGUGGAGUGCGGGGAGUUUGUGCAGGCCCUGCUUGGAGCGAUAGGGAAGUGA